GCUGCUUGUGUUUACGUUUUUUUUUCUUUCUUUCUAUUUUUCUGCCGUUCUGCUCUUUAUGCGGGUAAUAUGUAAAUAACGAUUUGGAUAUUUUGAAUCACGGUUGUAUGUGGAAUCUGCCGGUAUAUUCGGAGAUGGUAAAUCGCUGUGUUGUGUUUGGGUGCAGCAACGUGCCCAAGUCUGGAGUUGUCCUUCACGUGUUCCCCGUGGAGAAGAAUCAACAAGAUGCGUGGGCACGAUUUGUCAAAAGGACGAGAAAGGAUUUUGAUGGUCCCACGAAAAAAACUGCCAUAUGUAGUUGUCAUUUCACUCAUGACAGCUUCCUGAAUAAGAUGCAGUACGACAUGGGGCUGUCCAAGUACCUAAAGCUGAAGACGGACGCCACCCCCAGUAUUUACCCCGAAAGUGGGCGUGCUGACCCCAGCCCACGCGUGACUUCAGCCACGAUGAAACUGGAAGUCACACAGAGCAACUGUCCUCCGUUUAAACAUGUGAGCUGUCAGACGGAUACAGAAAAUCAGAGUACAAGAUCAGUUGGCACGCAGCUCUCAACGGGAACUCUCCAGAGUGUAAAAAGUAAAGCUGUCCAGGCCAAUGUUCGGAGUCGGGAUUUGGGCGUUGGCACCACCACCUUCCCCUUGGACAAUCUACAAAUAUUUCUACAACCAACUGUAACAGAGACCUCCUCGAAGAGACCCCGUUUAGAACUUAAAGUGGAAGAGGAACAUGAUUACUCUUAAAGCAUCACUUUUUCUGUCAAGGUUUAAGAACUACCGGAUUCAAUGUGAACUUCCUGUUUGACAAUUUAAGAGUCAGCAGACCUGCCAUACCUUCUUUGCUGUGUCCCUGUAUUUUAUUUUCAGAAAUCUCAACAUGGAGAGGAGUUUCUGACAGAAAGACAAGUGUUGGGACACUUAAGAUCAAUGAUACUAUAAACAAAUCCUAGCAAUUAAAUUAUUAAUCUUUUGGCAAAUAUUUCCAUUGUGCAAAGGUUGAAGUGGUACAGUCAAAACCACUUUAAGUGUAGCUAUGAAUCACCAGACAGUGUUGGAAGUGAAAGUUCCUCCUUUUCAAGCAUCCUUUCUUAAGGCACCAAACCUUCAGCAGCACCCCUAAGUGUUUUAGUCUUUAGCAAAGGCAGGCAUUGUUUGAAAGCAGUGUACUUUAUUUUAAAAAAAAUCAGUUUUUGUUAUGCCUGCAUAGUUAUAUAAGUUUUGUAAAGUUCCCCCCAUUUUUGGAUUAGGCCCGAUUUAAAAAAAAAAACAAACAAAAGCUGUUCUUAGAGAUGGAGAACAAACUCCAGUAAAAUUUUGAAGUUGGGAAAUGAAACUUUCCCUAAAUAUCCACUUGCAACUUAGUCACUCAGCUAUAAGACACAAAGACUAUAGUACAGUUUCACUUAGAACUGUGACAAAACCAGCCUCAUGGAUUUGCAAUAAUAUUUGAUUAAAAUCCACAAAAAUAGGGAUGUCAGCCAGCUACUCUUCUAGGAGGUGGGCCGGACCAAGCGGCUGGAACUACAGAAAAGACGACGUGGACUUAGCAUCCAAGCUGCCUCCAAUUGUCCAGCAUACCACAUGCAUACUGGCUGUAAAUAUCGCUCAUGAUCACCUCGGGGGAGCGCUCACCCUGUACUAUGGCUUCAUCUUCUUGCCCUUAUCGCCAAUCUGUAUCCCAAUAAAUGGCAAGUUCCGGGCCUGGCUUGGUGAACGUUGGCUGUCUUUGGCCAAAGCAUACUCGCCACCUAGCAAGACGUGCCAGUUCUUGCACAAGCUGUACUGCCGUCAAUGAAAUUUGGCAAAAAGAAAAGAAAAUUGCUGUGGGCUCAUUUCGGCAUGCGGGCAGGGAUGAACUGUUUUUGUUUUUUUAUGGGCCUUACAGUGACUAAUGAUCAAUAGACACAAUGUCCUUUUAUCAGGACACAAUAAAUGCACAGGGUUUUUUUGUGUGAUUUGACUUUAUAGUUUCCCUCAAUUUGUAUUUGUGUUAUUUUGCAUUUCGAUCGGUUACUCUUCUUAAUGGAAUUUGACUGCAUUGAGUCCACAGCCCCAAACAGAAAAUGUCAAACUAUGGUAUUCAUUCCCAUUUCUUGAAAGAAAACUCAAGCAUUUUAUUGUAAUGUGCAGAGU